AUGAAGAAGAAUAUGUGCUGCUUGACUUGGAUUCAAUUUCUGGGCAACUUCACAUUCCACCUAAUGCUCCCUAUGUUCUCUCAAUGUGGUCCACCACUCCACCCCAAUAUAUCGGAUGCAUACGCCAUACCCACUGCAUCUUCUCUCUCGCUCAUCCUUCUUUACUCUCUCUGGCUAGACCUAACCUCCACCGCCGCCCUUGCCUCCGUCGACGUCAACAACACCUCUCAGUCCCUAAACUGCCAAUUCCGCACCCUCAUCUCCCGCUGCCUCUCCCUUGAACCUUACAUCCCCUAUUCUAUUAUAGAGAUCGACUGCUCCAACUCCCAACUAGAGAGAACUCUAUUUGGCGGUGAUUCUACCAUCACCACGAACUCGAACGUAAUCAGAUUUUUUAAGUGUAUGGCAACCUCUCGUGAAGAAGAAUAUGUGCUGCUUGACUUGGAUUCAGUUUCUGGGCAACUUCACAUUCCACCUAAUGCUCCCUAUGCUCUCUCUGGCCUGGAUACAUUGAACCCAAUCCUAAUUAUUGAUGACAAAAUAAAGCUGAUUGGCGAAUACGAGGAAACUAUUGGAACAUGUCUUGUUUUCAGCGAACACGAUGCUUCGCCUGUGGUUCAUGAAGAAACGGGAUCAUCCGAAGUAAACCUUUUUUCAGGAAAAUGUAUAAUUAAUCCAAAUGAGGUUACAAGAAAGCAAGUCAAACCUGUUUGUCAACUUCAAAAGGUUCUUAGGUUCAAGUUGUUACAAGAUGAUCAAACCAACAAUGUUGUUGAAGAUCCAACAAUUGAACAUAGUACCAUGAAGAACGACUAGUUUUUAAUUGUUGAGACGUGAAAUGAAUGAAAUUUUGUUUGUAUGUUUAUAGUUGUUAAAGUCGUUAAAAUGACCUUUUUGCCCCU